AUGUCUUUAGCGAACCUACUACCACCAUUGACCAAAUCUUGGGCAGACGAAGUCAACGACGAUUUGGAGGAGCGGUCUCUCGAGGUUAAUUUCACUACUAGCUACUAUAUGAAUACGUCUAGGCUAGAUCACUAUUCAGAGAUUGAAGAAGCGGAAACACUUCCACCUGAUUUUACAGAUUACGAGGCUCUUGGAUUGCCAGACGAAGAACACAUGUUCGACUCCUAUCCUUUCGCUUCAAACGACGAGAUGAUACCGAAUAAUCAGAGCCCUGCCGUGGAAACAUUUCCUGAUCAGAUCUUACUGCCCAACACCAACACAUUAGCCAAAUACAUGACAAUGGAUAUCCCCAAAACACUACCUUACUCUACUUCGGAACCCAACGCCUAUGAGUCCUUCGAUACCGAAUUCGAAUUCAAGAGAGAUAUCGAGGUAUCACGCGACGAAGAUCAGGAGGAAACCACCACAAUUACUCAAUACAGCAUCAACACUUGGGAGAAAUCCAUUGACGAUUUCCCAGAUCUUUUGGAUGAUUACAAUCCAAGCAUUGAGUCAACUCCUCAAACUACCCCCGAACUCGGUACCUCGUUCUUCUCGGAGCUUGGCUCACACUAUAGCUCGCAGACAGAGGAGGACGGAGAGGAGUUUCGGAUCGAUCACCCGUUGGUGGGAAAAGACGUAGUGGGUAUCUGA